AUAAGUCGCAAGCAGUACAUUUAGUUUUAAUAUCUGAACAACCUGUUUGUUGUCCAAGAACCUCUUACCAAGACUACAAUUUUUAAAUAAAAAUGAAACUCUUCUGUUCAUUAUUAUCAUUAUUCCUCGUGGAAGUUUUGGCAGUUUAUGAUAAUUAUAUGGGUUUUAUUCACCUUACAAAUAUGGGCAUUAUACGUGCUUCUCGUAGGAAUGAUUUAAAUGUACGAGGUAGAUCUGGAGCAAAUAGAUUGGAGCAUCUAAUUGAGACAAUGGUUGAGGAUAUCAAUGAUGAACUUAACUACCAAAAUUUCUGCAAAAUUUGUUUUUUGUUGGCUGUACCGGACCAUAUGGAAAUUCUCUUGAGAAUACCAGAACCUCCAGGUCAAUCAAAGCAAAAAGCCAAUCUAUUCUUCGACAAAAUGCUUAAAGACUUAAGUAGUGUAGUAGCAGUUGAUAUGGAAGGAGGCCGUUAUACUUAUGCACGGACAUUGGAACAACUUGUAAACACGAGAAGAGAAUUUGUUGCUUGGUAUUUAAAAAGUAUAAUCGGACGUCGUAUGUUGGGUGAAUCUGUGCGGGUAGAUGAUAUUGAGACCUUAAUAGCGAACUGUCGUUUGCUAGGAAUAUACUUUAGUACCCAAUCUCCUCAAUCAUACAUAAAACAAGUUGAUAUCGACUCAUCUAGCCGUACAUGUAUCACAACGGACAUAAAUGAUAUCCAAAAGGGAUACAGGAAAAUCGAAGGCACGUGGUUUGAAAUUGAUUCAGAUGACCAACGAAGAGAAACACUCGAGGCACAAUUACAACGUGGCAAUCCACAAGUUCGACCCCACAUACUAACCUAAUGUCAGAAAAACACUGGCAUCCGUAUUCUGUUCUUUACAUAAUAUAUUAAAGUUUAUCUUAUUAUUAUCACUUUAUACACUAUAAAAUCAAAAAUUUAAAAAUAUUAUACAUAUAUUUAAGCUGACGGGAAAACAACCGUCUUGGAAUUUUUUCAAUAACAUAUUUCACAUAUUACAUUUUCUUUUUACAGUAAUUACGUAAUGCUAUACGUCUAUUUCUGUAUCAUGUCAUGUCUACCAAAAAAAUAAAUAAUUACCGAAUAAGUGAAAAUGUAUUUUUUCAUCUAA